AUCUAUUGGUAUGCCCAGACACUAUUCUUGACCAAACAGUAUCACAGAGCUUCUAAUUUAAUACGGUCCAAAAAACUGGACAAGAGUUACAUUUCGUGUCGUUAUUUGGCUGCCAAAUGUCAUUAUGAGUGCAAUGAAUGGCAAGAGGCCCUGGACAUACUGGACAUGGUACAGAAUGACAACAUUCCCAACCCAGGCUCAGUGCUGGAGGAGUCUCUCAACAUCACAGAUGUGGACAGCGGUCUGCCUCUCAUGAUGGAAAAUUCUGUAAAUCUUCUCCGUGGCAAAAUUUACGAGGCAAUGGACAACAGGAAUCUGGCUGUGGAGUGUUUCAGAGAAGCACUGCGUCAGGAUGUCUACUGUUUCGAGGCCUUUGAUCUUUUAGUGAAUCAUCAUAUGUUGACAGCUCAGGAAGAGAAGGAGUUACUGGAUACGCUGCCGUUUGACUCUCAGUGUCCUUCGGAGGAAUCAGAGCUGGUCAAGUUUUUAUACACAAACUCAUUAAAAAAGUACGACAAACCAGGAGACAUGAAAAUUCCUGCAUCUCUGAGCUGUCUACAAACAAACCUGGACCUAGACGUGUCCCUUGCUGAACGCCAUUAUUACAACUGUGAUUUCAGACAGUGCUACAAAAUUACAUCCAGUGUCCUUGACAAGGAUCCGUACAACAGUCAAUGUUUACCUCUGCAUGUAGCUGUGUUAGUGGAACUAGGAAAAUCAAAUAUUUUAUUUUACUUAGCCCAUAAACUUGUGGAUAUUUACCCGAACAAAGCAGUGUCCUGGUUUGCUGUGGGGUGUUAUUACUAUCUGAUAGGGAAAUACCAGCCCGCUAGGAGAUAUUUAAGUAAAGCGACAUCACUGGAUCGAUCGUACGGCCCUGCCUGGCUUGCCUUCGGACAUUCCUUCGCCACAGACAAUGAGCAUGACCAGGCCAUGGCAGCUUACUUCACAGCAUCUCAACUCAUGAAAGGGUGUCAUUUACCAGUACUAUACAUAGGUUUGGAAUAUGGACUGACUAACAACGCUAAACUAGCAGAGAGGUUCUUCAGCCAGGCUCUGAGUAUCGCUCCCCAAGAUCCCUUUGUCCUGCAUGAGAUGGGGGUCAUAGCCUUCCAGAAUCAUGAUUGGAGCAUUGCUGAGGGUUAUUUUAAAGAAGCUCUGAAAAAAAUCCAGUGUGUGAGUCAUGAGAUUACAGCAGAGAAAUGGGAGCCUCUCCUCAAUAAUCUGGGACAUACCUACAGGAAACUCAAAAAGUAUGAAGAAUCCCUGGAAUACCACAAACACGCCCUGGUCUUAUCACCUCAAAAUCCCUCCACAUACUCAGCAAUAGGAUACGUGCAUGUGAUCAUGGGAAAUAACAUGGAGGCUUUGGACUACUUUCAUAAGGCACUGGGUAUUCAUCGCGAUGAUGCGUUCUCCACGACGAUGUUAGACCAGGUGAUGGAGUCACUGAUGAAGGAAAUGUCAUCCUUUGAAGAAGUACCUGAUACACUACCCACGUUUGAAUGUACCAGUAACCUGGAGUUGUCCCAGGCGGACGUCUCUGUGUCCCUGGAUGAGAUUGACACCACCACGGGCACAGCAGACACCAGUAGUAUGAUUAUGGAGGUGGAAAUGGAUGCUUCAGACUGAUCUGAAGGAUGAGGUGGAAAUGGACACUUCAGACUGAUCUGAAGGAUAAAGUAGAAAUAGACGCUUCAGACUGAUCUGAAGGAUAAGGUAGAAAUAGACGCUUCAGACUGAUCUGAAGGAUGAGGUGGAAAUGGAUGCUUCAGACUGAUCUGAAGGAUAAAGCAGAA